AUGACAUUCAAGUUGCAGCUUUGCUCACUGAACCGUCAUGUCUUGUCUUGUCUUGUCUUGCUGCUGCUGCUUCUUCAGGCGUCCCAGGAAGGCCCCAUUGAAGAUACUGUGAACUCUUCCAUCUCCACCGAAAGCGGCAAUCCAGCUGUCCAGGGCAAGAUUUCAAAGAACCUGAAAUUUGCCUCAAAAGGAGUGGCAUCUCCCCGCGCCUCGCUUCGUGCGAGCCUUUCCAGUCUCCAAAAUGUUGCCGAGGUCAUUCGGACUAAAGAUUUGGGUGCCCGCAUUGAGCUAGUGGAGGAUACUCUGGCUGGCUUGGUGGCGAUGCGUGACAGAAUCCAUUCCAUGAAGCCCACCGGUGAGCCUUGGUUGGAUGAGACAUUGGAGGAAACGAAAUCUCAGGUGGAUCAAUUCCUCGAGAUUGCUCCCGAAGUUGUUGGCUACAUGCAAGAGUCUCUGGAGGAACAACGCCAGCACAGAGAGAAGCUGGCAUCUCCCCAUGAAAAGCAGCGCUCCUUGGGAGAAGAUCAGGCCAAGUCGAAAGCUCCUUCUGUCCAUGACGCUGCUGAUCCCAAGAUUAAGCACCGGACCAAGCUAGAGCCACCCAGCUGCAAGAGCAACCAUGGCCAGUAUGCUCGAUCCCAUCACCACGUCGCCAAACAUUUUGAGGGUGACACAAAGGCAAGCCACCGCCACCGCAAGCUGGUGGAUAUGCAGAAUGCCAUUCUUGGUGGGGACCAUGCACAUCUCAGCAAAAUGGUUGGGUCCAUGCGUGGCAAGAUGAAUCGUGGCCAAGGUUCGCGCCGCUUGUCUGAUAGUGAUGCCAAGGCCAAGCAAUGCCACCUCCUCACCAAAUGUGCCAAGGAUUUCAGCUAUUACGACACAAUUGUCUUCUUCUACAGCGACGAUAUCGACCCAGCUACAGGAGAAAUUGACGACUCCAUUUUCCACUUUGAUGAGAAACACCUUGCUGAGAAGCACUCGGACAUUCAUACAGUUGCAAGCAGGUUGUGGGGAAAAAAUGGAGACAACCCGGCACUAUACAAGGAUGAUCCCUACACUGUGUAUUCAUGCGCUGUCCUUAUGCAGCACUUUCAUCGGAACGUUGAGUGGGAGGGCGUUCCACAUUGGGAGGGUGGUGAGCAUGGAAAAUCACUUGCUUGUGGCCUAUUAUUGGAUUGCUUCAAAUCUCAUACAGCACUGCACAUUGACUGCAACCAUAGGCACGGUUUCACAGGUUUGCUUGGCCCAGGGCUCCCAGGUCUUCAUUCGCUUCGAUGA